AUGGAGGUUCUCAACCCCCGCUCUGCACUUCUAUCUAAUCAUGAAGUACUGACGCUCCUGCGUGAACUUGAAUCCGACCAUCUUGUACGCACCAAGGCCGCCCUGCGAGUGAAAAAAGAGGAAGAAGCUGCUGCUGCGAAUGGCGGAACGCUGCCGGUGAAUAUGGGUGGAAACCCACACUUAGAGGCGAGUGAAAAUUUGCGGACCAUCGAGGUUGAGGCUAUUAAAUAUCUCUCGGCGGACUAUCUCCCAACGGAAUCUCAGACUGAGGAAGGAAUCACAACGCUCGUGAAAAAGCUUGCGCCAUAUUCCCUGACCAAAGCAGAGAAGCUGCAGAUCGUGAACCUCGCCCCAACUCUUCCUGUAGAACUUUAUGUUAUUGUCGAAGAGCUCGAAGACAGACUAGGCGACCAGAUAGACGAAAUUCUAGGACAUGUCAAGGCGUCUAUCCCAUCCAUAGACAAAACCGACCCGGCUGCUGUCACCACAAAUGGAAUAAAAGACCAUGCAGCGGAUGCGGCUUCUUCUGAGAACAUUGUUAUGAUCACUGAAAAUGACGAUACCUGGGACGAUGAUGCCGACGCCGUGUAUGACGAAGAAGUUUAUGACGACACGGGAGCAGGCGCAGGCGUUGAAGGCGAUCUCGAAAUGGACGAAGAUUAA